AUGUCACAUCUUCCGAAAUGGUUGAUCGCUGCUCUUGGUAUUGUCUCUUUCCUGAUACUCCGCGCCAUCUAUCGCCUAGCCCUCCACCCCCUCAAAGCAUUCCCAGGCCCUGCAAGCCGAGCAGUAUCGCAUGUUCCUCACGCAAAAUCCAUACUCAGCGGAUACCUACCUUAUGAACUCACUGCCUUGCACGCGAAAUAUGGCGAUGCCGUGCGUAUUGCCCCAGAUAUGGUAUCUUUCAUUGCACCAGAAGCAUGGACAGACAUCUAUGGUCACGGACCCAACCGGAAUUUCCCCAAAUGGGGCAUGACGCGCAGCCACAAGACAGUCGACCACAUACUGUCAGCCAACAACGCAGAUCACUCGCGGCAACGCAGGCUAGUCAACCAUGCUUUUAGCGAUAAGGCGUUACGGGCCCAGGAGGGCAUUGUCAUGCGCUACAUCGACCAGCUCACGAGUGCUCUGGAAGUGCAGUCUACAACCGAGGUCAAUGUGAAGAACUGGCUCGAAUGGACGGCUUUCGACAUCGUUGGUGAUUUAGCAUUCGGUGAGCCAUUUGGUUGUCUUUCAAGCGGCGCAUACCACCCCUGGGUAGAGCUGUUGUUCCCCUUCAUCAAGGCCCUUUCGCUCUUUGGCGCGGCAAGGCUAUUCAAGCCCUUUACACCCUUAAUCAUCGCUCUUUUGCCGAAGAAGGACAUCAAGAGACGCUUCCAGCACAUCAAGCUCAGCGCCGAGAAAGUCCAUAAACGGCUUGCUGCGGGCGAACAACCGCAUAGAUCGGACUUUUGGACGUACAUCUUACGCCACAAUGACGAAAAAGGCAUGAGUAUCGAGGAGAUGGAGUCGAACGCCGGGAUCUUCAUCUCCGGCGGGAGCGAAACUGUCGCGACGGCCCUGUGUGGAAUCAUGUACUUGUUGGCGACGAACCCAGGGGCUAUGCACACGUUGCGGGAAGAGGUUACGAGCGCUUUCAGCAAGAAGGAGGAUAUCAAUAUGAUCAGCGUUGCUGGGCUCAAAGUACUGCAGGCUACGAUCAGCGAGGGCAUGCGCAUCUACCCGCCUGUUCCUGCGGGUCUGCAGCGGAUCGUGCCAAAAGGUGGUGCCAUAGUCGCAGGUCAUGCUGUGCCAGGAGGAACCAUUGUCAACGUCUCCCAACAACCCGCAUACCACCUCGCCAGCAACUUCGCGUACCCUAAACGUUUCGCCCCCGAACGCUGGCUCUCGAACGCACCGAGCGAGUAUUCAAACGACAUGAAGGAUGCUUUCCAGCCUUUCAGCACUGGGCCGCGUAACUGUGUGGGCAAGAACCUUGCUCUGGCGGAAAUGAAGUUGAUUCUCGCGCGUCUGGUGUGGCAGUUUGACUGGCAGCUGGCCGACGACAAGUUUGCUCUUGAGAAGCAGAGAGUGUUUAUUAUGCGCGAGAAACCAGAUUUGAAUCUGCGUCUGACACCGAGGAGGAUGUGA